AUGACACAUACAUCAAAUAACAAUGACGAAGAAGCCACGGAUGAAUUAGAUGCAAUUCGAAAACAAAUUAAUCAAACGACAAAUGAGUCAUUGGAAUCAACACAUCGUAUGGUUGAUUUAGUUGUGGAAUCUCAAGACGUCAGUACCAAUACAAUGAAGAUGCUUCAUGAGCAAGGUGAACAACUAAAUCGAAUUGACCAUGGUCUUGAUAAUAUUCAUGCUGAAAUGACUGAAGCUGAAAAAAAUUUAACUAAUUUACAAAAAUGUUGUGGUUUAUGUGUUCUACCAUGGAAACGUGUUCGUCGAACAUAUCGAUCAUUUGCAAAAAAUAGUAAAACAUAUAGUUGUGAAAAACCAUCAACCACAACUAUAGAACCUAAACAUCAUCAGUUUGCUGGUGAAGGAAUGCCUAAAACUGGUUAUAUAACUCGUAUUACAAAUGAUGAUCGUGAAGUAGCCAUGGACAAUAAUUUACAAGUAGUUAGUAAAUAUCUUGAUAACUUAAAACAUACAGCAGUUGAUAUGGGUAAUAUAAUGACAAAUCAAAAUGAACAGAUUCAACGUAUUACAAAUAAAACUGAUGUUGAAAUCGAACGCGUAAAUGAGGCUAAUGUACAAGCAAAAGAUUUGCUUCAACAUGGUUAA